AUGACAGAGGAGAACCUAAUGCUGCCACCACCAACAUCACUGCUGCUAUUGCUGCCCCCACUGUGGGCAGACUACAGGCUGCAGCUGCAGGAACUGAUGAUGGUGCAGGAGGGCCUGUGUGUGCACGUGCCCUGCAGAGUCUCCUACUCCAAGCAUGGCUGGAACAACACCACACCAGCAUUUGGCUACUGGUACCAGAGUCAGGAUCAUUACAAUAAGCCUUAUCUGGUGGCCACAAACAAUCCAAAGCAAAAUGUGCUGAAGGAGACCCAGGGCCGAUUCUUCCUUGUUGGGAACCCUGAGAACUGCGACUGCUCCCUGGACAUCAGAGAUGCAAAGAGAGAAGACACAGGAACAUACUACUUCAGGGUGGAGAGAGAUCACGUGAAAUACAGUUACAUGUGUUACAAGCUCUCUGUGCAUGUGACAGCUCUGACACACACGCCUGACAUCCACAUCCAGGGGACCCUGGAAACUGAUCAUCGCAGUACCAUCACCUGCUCUGUUCCCUGGGCCUGUAAGAGGGGGACACCCCCCACUUUCUCUUGGAUUGGGGAUGCCCUCACUUCUCUGGUGUCCAAUAACCAGCUCUCCUCGGUGCUCACUGUCACCCCACGGCCCCAGGACAACGGCUCCAAUCUCACCUGUCAAGUGACCUUCACAGCUGGUGUUACUGUGGAGAGAACAGUCCAGCUCCAUGUGACCUGUGAGUGCUGA